AUGGUGAUGUGUUGUGUGUAUGUAUAAUGUGGGCUAGUUAAGUAGGACCCUUGUUGGCUGUUCGACAGAAAUACAAUUCAAAUCAUGAAACCUAACUACGUUGAAUUAAUAGCACUCACAUUCUCAAAAAGGCACCAAUAUUUCACAUAUAUACACACACCCCUUCAUCAGAACACGUACCUUUUCAUUUUUUGACUUCUUCCAUCUUCUAAAUUUAAUGCAUUUCUUCUAGUUCUUCAUUCUUAUCUGAAUUCCAAUCUUUACAGCCGGGCACCGCCAUGAAGCAGCUUAACCGCCUCUGCAUCAUCUUACCAGCUGACAGCUUGGGUGAACUUGCAUCAUAUGACCUCAACCACCGCCGCCAUCGCGGUCACCGUAAACCGAAACUCCCUCCUUCACCCAUCAAAGAACAGAGGAAAACACACAAGAAGUUCCACAGCAGCGGUUGUGGAACUCGAGUUCUUGAUUUUCUUGGCGAUUCGUUACACCGAUUGUAUGACUCAAAAUGGUUUAACUGUUAUCACCGCCGAAGACCCGGAGAACAACAGUCUAGUUGUGUGUUUCAGGAUUCGGAAGGAAUACAGAUAUCUGAGAAAGUUGGUGGGGAUAAUCCGAGGAUUUUCAGUUAUGCUGAGAUUUAUAUUGGUAGUAACGGUUUUAGUGAAGAUGAGGUUCUUGGAAGUGGAGGUUUCGGCAAGGUUUAUAGAGCAGUUUUACCUAGUGAUGCUUCUGUAGUUGCUGUCAAAUGCUUGGCUGAGAAAGGGGAGCAGUUUGAGAAAACUUUCGAAGCUGAAUUGGUUGCGGUGGCUAAUCUUCGACACAGGAAUCUCGUCCGGUUACGAGGUUGGUGUGUUCAUGAAGACCAGUUGUUUCUGGUUUAUGACUAUAUGCCUAAUCUUAGCCUUGACAGGGUGCUUUUUAGACGGCCAGAAAACCUGACAGCCGACCCUCUUAACUGGGAUAGGAGAAAGAAUAUAAUUGGAGGCCUUGCAGCCGCUCUUCAUUAUCUCCAUGAACAGUUAGAGACUCAAAUUAUUCACCGAGAUGUGAAGACGAGUAACGUGAUGCUUGACACUCACUACAAUGCGCGGCUUGGUGAUUUUGGCCUGGCGCGAUGGCUUGAACAUGAACUUGAGUACCCAACCAGGACGCCUUCGGUGAGAAACCACCAGUUUCGUUUAGCAGAUUCGACUAGAAUCGGUGGGACAAUUGGUUAUUUGCCACCUGAGAGUUUCCAAAAAAGAAGUUUUGCUACCGCAAAAUCUGAUGUUUUCAGCUUUGGGAUUGUUGUGUUGGAGGUGGUGUCUGGAAGACGGGCGCUUGAUCUUACGUACCCAGAUGAUCAAAUCAUUUUGCUCGACUGGGUCAGGAGGCUAUCAGAUGAUGGGAAGCUCUUACAAGCAGGGGAUAAUAGGCUCCAAUAUGGGUCUUAUACACACUCUGAUAUGGAAAAGCUUAUUCAUCUCGGACUUCUCUGCACGCUUCACAAUCCACAAUUUCGGCCUAACAUGAAAUGGAUUGUAGAAGCAACUUCAGGCAACAUGUCAGGAAAAUUGCCACCUCUUCCGUCAUUUCGGUCACAUCCUCGUUACAUCUCGUUAUCGUCCUCAUCUGAAACUAGCACAAGCAACACCAGCACCAGCAGGUCCACUACCUCCACACCUAGCUCAAACACAACCACCGUAUCCAUCACUUCAACAAUUUUUGUCACAGCCAUUGGAGAAACUAUUUAUGCAACGGCAGAAUUCGGAAACAAUGAUUUUAAUUCUUCUGACAGCAGAAGUCAACGACGAAACACUCACUUCAUGGUUGAAACUCCCAGGGAAAUAUCCUACAAGGAAAUCAUUUCUGCUACAAACAAUUUCUCCGACUCUCAUAGGGUAGCAGAAGUCGACUUCGGAACUGCAUACUACGGAAUCCUUGAAGAUGGCCACCAAGUCCUGGUGAAGAGACUUGGCAUGACAAAAUGCCCUGCUAUCCGAACCCGAUUUUCAUCUGAACUCCAAAAUUUAGCCAGGCUCCGACAUCGGAAUCUAGUACAGCUUCGUGGAUGGUGCACCGAGCAAGGAGAAAUGCUUGUGGUUUAUGACUAUUCAGCAAGCCGCCUCCUAAGUAACCUCCUUUUCCAUCACGACAACAGAAUCGGUCACUCGAUCCUGAAAUGGCGUCACAGAUACAACAUUGUAAAAUCACUUGCUUCUGCCAUUCUUUAUCUUCAUGAGGAAUGGGAAGAACAAGUUAUCCACAGAAAUAUUACUUCUUCCUCUGUCAUUCUCGAUCCAGACAUGAACCCGAGACUCGGUAAUUUCGCCCUUGCAGAAUUUUUGACAAGAAAUGAUCAUGCCCACAAAGCAACAAAUCAAGGAACUAAAUCAGUUCGUGGGAUUUUCGGUUACAUGUCACCAGAAUACAUAGAAAAUGGUGAAGCAACCACAAUGGCUGAUGUUUAUAGUUUUGGUGUGGUAUUGCUUGAGGUGGUCACAGGACAUAUGGCAGUGGACUUCCGCCGACCAGAGGUGCUAUUGGUCGAUAGAGUUCAAGAAUUCGAGGCAAAGAAAAGACCAUUAGAGGAACUGGUUGAUAUAAGGUUGAACUGUGAGUAUGAUCUUAAGGAAUUAAUGAGACUUCUCAAACUGGGAAUUGCAUGCACUAGGUCCAACCCAGAAUUUAGACCAAACAUGAGGCAGACCAUAAGCAUACUCGACGGAAACGACCAAUUCUUCAAGAGAAUAGAGCAGAAAACGGAAAGUAGAGAAGAAUGGAAACAUAAGAAUGCCUCUUCUUUGUCAUUGAUAAAGAGAAUUCAAGCUCUAGGAAUACAAUGAGUAACACUACUGCACAACAGUGACAAAUAGAUAAAGGACUGCGAGGUUCUGGCACAGUUAAGAGUUCUUUUGUUCUUUUCUUUUUUUGUUUAUUGGCAGUUGUAUACUAUCUAAUGUAGAUGCUUUCUUCUGUAAUAGAUUUUCAUGUUUUGAGAUGCA